UGCCACUAUCCCACACUUAAUCACUCAUAAUCGAAGCAGCAAAACAAGUUGCAGUUCUUACACCUAGAAGUUGAUGAUCUGCAAGUCCAGGUUUAAGGGAUUGAUAGUUACUUAUGGAAACAAGAAAAUAUAAAGGCAGUUUGAUUUUUCAGCUUUCCUGGUUUUUCUCUUACUCUUGCCACUUUAGUUUCAGAACUUUCCAUCUUGAAUUCUCCUUGUAUCUAAAUAUAAAUUUCUUUCAUUAUUACUUGACAUCAAAUCUCUAAAAUAUCUAGGGCCUAGGGGUUUCUCUUUAUAUAAUUAGCUGCAACCAGCCUUCUGCCUCCAUCAAUUAAACUUCACAUUCUUGUUCAGGUAACCAACCAAUCUCUUUCCUUUGUGUUGGGGUGUUCUUUAUUUCAAGAACUUUUUCUGUUUGCUUUGCACAAUGGUGGGAGGAAAAGUAGAAUAUUCUUUGGGGGAGACCAAACCGAAAAUUGGUGGUGACCGAGUCUCUGGCAGUGCAAAGCUUACAUCCUCAUUUGACCUUGUUGAGCAGAUGCAAUUCUUAUUUGUCAGAAUAGUUAGAGCUAGAGAUUUGCCAUUGAAAACCGUCAAUGGAAUCAGUGAUCCUUUUGUUGAAAUAAAGAUUGGGAACUAUAAGGCAACAACGAAAUACUUUGAGACGAAACCAAAUCUGGAAUGGAACAAAGUGUUUGCCUUCACAAGAGAUCGUGUGCAGGGUACAGCUAUGGAGAUCACUGUGAGAGACAAGAAACUUGCAAUUAAUGACAAUAUGAUUGGUAAGGUUACUAUUAAUUUCUCUGACAUUCCUACUUGUCUUCCACCAGAUAGUCCACUUGCUUCACAAUGGUAUAAGCUGGAGGACAAAAAUGGGAUCAAUGUAGGGAGAGGAGAACUGAUGUUGGCCAUUUGGUUUGGCACUCAAGCUGAUGAUGUGUUUCCUGAUGCCUGGCAUUCAGAUGCAGCAAUUGUGAGCGGUGAAUGCCUUCUGAAUACUCGUUCGAAAGUAUAUCUUUCACCUAGACUUUGGUACCUUAGAGUUAAUAUAAUUCAAGCACAGGAUUUGGUACCUGCUGGCAACAGGAAUAGAAAACCAGAAGUUUAUGUCAAGGCUAUUCUUGGGGAUGUGAUCUUGAGGACCAAAGUUUCCCCUGAUAAGAAUGUGAAUCCUAAAUGGAAUGAGGAUUUGAUGUUUGUUGUGGCAGAGCCAUUUGGUGAUCCUUUAAUUUUGAGUGUGGAGGAUAAGCUGGGAAAAAAUAUGGUGGAGUGUUUAGGAAGGUGUGUAAUUCGUUUAUCACAGGUUGACCAGAGGCUGCUACCUGUACCAGCUGCUCCUAAGUGGUACAAUCUUGAAAAGAUUGUACUUGAAGAUGGACGGAGGAAAGAGUUGAAUUUUUUUAGUAAGCUUAACAUGCGGAUAACUCUGGAUGGUGGAUAUCAUGUUUUUGAUGAAUAUAUUCACUAUGUUAGUGACUACCGGCCAACAGCGAAAAAGCUGUGGACGGCAAUGAUAGGGGUUUUGGAGUUGGGGAUCAUAAGUGCUAGCAGUUUGCAGCCAAUGAAGUUAAGAGAUGGGCGCGAAACUACUGAUGCUUAUUGCGUGGCGAAAUACGGGCCUAAGUGGGUCAAGACUAGGACAAUAGUUGACAGUUUUGCUCCGAAAUGGAAUGAACAAUAUACUUGGGAGGUUUAUGAUCCGUUUACUGUCCUUACUAUAGGAGUUUUUGAUGACUGUCACUUGCAUGGUGGUGUUGUGGUUGGAGGUGGAAAAGAUCCAAGCAUUGGGAAGGUAAGGAUUCGACUAUCUACUCUUUCAACUGACAAGAUUUACACAUACUCUUAUCCCCUUUUGGUGUUAAAACCCAAUGGGUUGAAAAAAAUGGGAGAAAUUCAGUUAGCUGUAAGAUUUACUUGCUCAUCGUUCUUGAAGUUAUUUCUGGCUUAUACCAUUAAUCCUUUGUUUCCGAAAAUGCAUCAUAUUUACCCGCUCUCCAUAUAUCACCUCGAUAGUUUAAGGCAACAAGCCACUCGUAUUCUUUGUUUAAGGCUAAGCCGCUCUGAACCACCAUUAAGGAGAGAAGUUGUGGAGUACAUUUUGGAUGGAGGUUCCCAGAUGUGGAGCCUAAGAAAAGCCAAAGCUAAUUUCGAAAGACUAUUGGCUACUUUGAAGUGCUUUUUGGAUGCUUGGAAAUGGUUUGAUGAAAUACGGAGGUGGAAGAAUCCUACGGUAACUAUUCUAGUCAUAUCAAUAUACUGCAUUGCGGUUCUUAAACCAGAUUUGAUAUUGCCUACACUGAUUCUAUAUUGCCUUCAAGUUGGGAUUUGCCGAUGGAGGAACCGACCGAGGCAUCCAACUCACAUUGAUGUCAAACUUUCCCUUGCUAUUUCAACAACUGCUGAUGAAUUGGAUGAAGAAUUUGACACAUUCCCAUCUUCUAGACAAUCUGACGUUCUUAGAAUGAGAUAUGAUCGGCUGAGAAGUAUAGCAGGGAGGGUUGUGACUGUUAUUGGUGACUUUGCAACUAAAGCUGAGAGGUUUCACUCUCUGCUAAACUGGCAAGACCCAAGAAUUACAGCUGUUUUCCUUACUUCUUGUCUGGUAGGUUCUUUCCUCUUAUAUUACGUAAAUCUCAAAGUUUUUCUUAUCGUUGGUGGCUUUUAUUGGAUGAGGCAUCCAGCAUUUGGUAAUGACAUUUUAAAUGCACCCCAGAACUUCAUGAGCAGAUUGCCCACAAAAGCAGAUUACAUGUUAUGAGAAUACAUUUCUUUUUCCUUCUUUUAACAGUUCUUUUAAAAGAUGUAAGCAAAUAUUCUUUUUCUUCUGAUUAAUAAAAUUACAAACCAUGGAGCUUUCUU